GGUUCCAAAUCACGCCCCCCCCCCCCCCGCCGUUCCCCGUUACCCUGGUGCAGCGGCCAUGAUGGCGGCGGCGGCGGCACCGGGAACGGGCCCGGGCCCGGCCGGCGGCCGCUGGGAGCUGGUGCGCAAGGGCCGGCGCCCCACCAGUGGCCCCGGCAGCCGCCGCGCCCUGGGCGAAGCCAACGCCGGCCGAGCGCUGCCUUUGUCCGCUCCCGCCGCCGGUCCCGGUCCCUUCCAGCUGGGCUUCGAGAAGGCGCCGAAGAAGCAGAACAAGGAGCAGGUUCCCCCCGCCGCCGCCGAGCCCCCGCGCCGCCGGCCGCACGCCGGGAGAAGCGCCAAGAAACCGGCGGCGAGCGACGCCAGACCGGGGAAAUGCCGGUCGCUGGAGGAAGCCCUGCGAGCCCUCGACCUGGCGGAUCUGCAGAAGGAGCUGGAUAAAAGCCAGAGCGUGUUCCCCGAGAACCCCUCUGUCUGGGUGAAGGACCUGGCCAGUUAUCUCAACUACAAGCUGCAGGCGCCCAGGAGCGACCCCGUGCUCAGCCAGCACCCCCACGACUAUCCGUACUGCCUCGUGGGCAAGGAGCUGAGGAGCAUCAUCAGAUCCCUGCUGGGAAGGUCGUCCGGUGUGCUGGAGCUCUUCUUCGACCACUGUAUUUACACCAUGCUGCAGGAGCUGGACAAAACCCCGGGGGAGUCUUUGCACGGGUACAGGAUCUGCAUCCAGGCGGUGCUUCUGGACAGGCCCAAAAUCGCCACGAUGAACCUGGGCAAGUACUUGGAGGUGUUGCGGUCCCACCAGAACAGGCCAGCGAAAUGUCUCACCGUCCUCUGGGCACUGGGACAGGCCGGAUUCACGGACCUCCACGAGGGCCUGAAAGUGUGGCUCGGCGUCAUGCUCCCCGUGCUCGGCAUCAAGGCUCUCUCCCCGUACGCCGUCGCCUACCUGGACCGGCUGCUGGUGAUGCACCCGAACCUGACCAAAGGCUUCGGUAUGAUCGGGCCCAAGGAUUUCUUCCCCCUCCUGGACUUUGCCUUCAUGCCCAACAACUCGCUGCCACCCAGCCUGCAGGAGCAGCUGCGGCGGCUCUACCCCCGCCUGAAGGUGCUGGCGUUCGGCGCGAAGCCGGAGACGUCGCUGCACACCUACUUCCCCUCGUUCCUCUCCCGAGCUACGCCGAGCUGCCCUCCCGGCAUGAAAAAAGAGCUCCUCACCUCCAUGAGCCAGUGCCUGAGCCUGGACCCGCUGAGCUUCAGCGUCUGGAGGCAGCUCUACACCAAACACCUCUCCCAGUCCAGUUUGCUUCUGAACCAUCUGCUGGAGUCCUGGGACAGCAGCAGCAAGAAGGUGCGUCAGUCGCUGCAGGAAACGGUUCGCUCCUUCAAAGUCACCAACGAGGAGCUGGCGGCCAGGGGGCCCAACGGCAGCCAGGAUGUGGCCGCCUGCGAUGCCGCCUGCAAGGACCUGCUGCGCAAGGUGAAGGGCCGGGGCUUCCCCUGGCAGCGGCCGCUGCUCGUCCUCCUGGUUUUCGCCGCCGGGUUCCUCCUGCACGACGUCCGGACGCACGGCUCCUUCCAGGCCUCCUCCUCCGCUCGUCUGCUUCGCUCCUCCGGCGUCCUGCCGGCCUCGCAGCAAGCCUGGCAGAAGGUCUCCCACUGCUGCCUCGAAGGGUACAGGUGGCUGGAGCGGAGCCUGCCCCUCUACGCCUCGCAGGCAGCGGCCGUCCUGCAGCCGCAGCUCGAGCUGCUGUGGGCGAAGAGCAGCGAGGUGGCCCUGCAGUGCUCGUCCCUGCUGGCCUGGGUCCGCGACAGCCAGCCCUGGGCCAGCGAGUGGCUCCGGUGCCGCGUCCCCGAGGCCCUGCUGCGCUUCGCCGAGUGCGUCCGGGAGCUGCUGCUGUUCCUGGCGCGGAGCUGCCUGCUGCCGCUGCUGGAGCGCGCCGCCGCCGCGCUGGAGCGGGGCUGGAGACGCUGCCUGGACUCCUGCAAUGGAGAAGUGUCGUGGGACUGCGUGAGACACCACCUGGCCAGCUUUACCUAUUCCUCGUGGAUUUAUCUGCAAAACGCCACCCUCGCCGUCGCGGACUGGGCCUUGGCUCUGGUUUCCGGACACUGAUGCGCUGGCGGGAGGACACGGUCAGGGCUCCCCCCGACGUCCCCGCCGCCCCCCCCGUCUCGCCGGUGCCACUCGUGUCGGCCGUGGGAUGGAGAUGCCGAGGGAGACGCACAAA